AUGUAUCCUUCCUUGAGACAAAUUGACGGUUCUUCAGUGAAAGCUGACGGGACCGCCGAAGCAACCGUUGUCAAAAUCUCAGCAGCAACAACGACAGAGGAGAAGGCAAAGCUUGCAAAUGCAGCAAGCAUGCCUAGUCCCGCCACCAGCCAUGGCCGUAAGCGCUGUUCUGCUGGGAGAGAUCGAGCAGGAUUAGCAGCUCAGCCAACCUGGGAAGACUAUAAACUGGUCACGGGACACCAUCCAGUUCUAUCCGAAAUGCUACGCACCUCCAGGCAGGAUUCAAGAGAUCACGACGUCGUGCGUGAUCUUCCAGAACUGGCAAAAGACGACGACGUGACAGAUCCCCUAGAACUGCCAAAAGACACUGCGACUUUUGCCCCAUCCAGGAAUAACCAAGCACCAGAACCACCGUCGACACAAGCGGGUGCCUACUCGGAAACACCUGGUCAAAAUGCUGUUCGUCUAGAAAAGACUCGUGUGUAUCGGAACAUGACUCCUCAUAAUCCAACAAGUGUUGACAUCCUCGAGACAGAUACGCCAGCUGAACAAGCCAGCGUUCACGACGACGUUGAUUUGGAAGAAGGAAUGUCUGUGUCGCAAAGAGAUAGAGAGAUGUACAGUCAAGGGUCCGUCACACAGGAAGCAGCCGACCGGGACUUGUUGGAGGCCAUACCAGUGGCUGACAAUGAUGCUACGGUCAGCCAAGAGCUUGGCAUAGCAACACCCAUGCAAUCAACAGAGGGCGAGCGGUUGGAGCUGCAAAAACGUCACUUGCUUCUGCGAACUUCUGUAACUGUUUUCGUGAUGCUUUUGGCAGUUGUGGGGAUCACCCUCAUCAUACUACACAGUGUUCUUGGGAGGGAGGAAGAGAACCCAACACGGGCACCAGAACAAGAUGCUGCCAAUGCAACCGAAUCUACAACACGGUUGGUAAAAGGUUUGCCUGAUUACUCUGUGGAGGCCAUCCUCAAGGAUUCAACUUCCCCCCAAGCUCGAGCCAAUCAGUGGCUGCUGAAUGAUCCGUCCCUUCACAACUACACCAAAAACCGUAUCAUCCAACGCUUUGCCCUGGCAACUCUCUUCUACUCGACCAAUCCUCCCCACCUGUACGAAGAUUUGGCACCCUCACUAUCGAUGACCUCCUCCUGGUCUCAAGAUCGGAACUGGUUGUCGUAUGACCACCAUGAGUGUGAAUGGUUCGGUCGUACUCAGUUUCACUGGUACCAACAAACGAUCGACCUCCCGGUCACCAUAGACAAACCGUGCACGGAUGACGGAGCACACCACGCGCUGUGGCUGUCCGACAACAACUUGAUCGGGUCAUUACCUCUGGAAAUCUUCGGCCUGUCUACUCUCAACAGUAUUGAUGUGCAAAGAAAUCCUCUACUGGGCGGAAGCAUUCCUUCUCAAAUCGGCCUUCUGUCCAGUCUAUCCCUCUUUUCCUGUGCAAACUCGUCCAUGACGGGGACACUCCCAACAGAGCUUGGUCUACUAACCGAUGCAAAGCAAGUUGCUCUGCAUGUCAUGUUUACAACAAUAUCUGGCCGCUUGCCUUCCGAGCUCGGGUCCGUGAGCAAUCUGGAGAGGGUCAUGCUGGGUUACAACCAAAUCACAGGUAGUAUCCCCAGUGAGAUUGGCAGGGCGACGGCGAUUCGCACAUUGAAUCUGGCUGGCAACAGGCUAUCUGGGAGCCUCCCGACUGAACUUGCCCAACUCUCCGUUCUUCGCUACCUCUGGCUGCAAGACAAUCAAAUCUCUGGGAGUCUCGCCACCGAGUUAGGAAGGUUAUCAUCAGCUUGGAGCAUCACUUUGCAGAAUAAUUUGUUAUCGGGUCCUCUUCCAUCAGAGCUGGGUAAUCUAGAAAAGCUCUUUGAGCUGAGACUGAGAGGGAAUGAUCUGGCAGGAAGCAUACCAGAAUCCUGGACCAAUCUUGUUGGUUUCAAUGGUUCUUUGCAAGAACUGGAUAUCACAGAUACUCUCCUGACUGGAAGAUUCGAAGAAGAGUGGUGUGCUUUGAAUGGCGGCUUUGUAUUUGAUUGCGUUCCAAGCAUGCUUUGUGGCUGUGGAGAGUGCCAAUGUAGUGAUUGA